AUGACGCUGGUUCAGCUCGGAAUCUGUGCCGGAUCCAUAUACACCACCUUCUUGAUAUGGGGUCUUCUCCAGGAACGACUGACCAAGACACCCUACUUCUCACCGGCGACACUGCUGCAUCCUAAUCCGCAACCAGACUACUUCCGCUCGCCGCUAUUCCUCAACACGGUACAGGCGCUGUUUUCUUCCAUUGUGGCCUGCGUCUACCUCCUCGUGCGAAACCGCGGCUCCAACAAGCCCGUCUCUCAUAUCCUCGGAUUGCACACUCUGACGUCCAACGGCAUUCUGACGCAGAAGCAGAAUGGAUCGACAUCCGAUGGCGCAGCUGUACCAACGCGCUCUCGCUGGAUCUCGCCGCUGCUCUGGCGCUACAUUCUGAUCGCAGCGCUUCAGAGCACCGCGUCCCAACUGGGCUUCCUCAGCCUGCGCUACAUUUCAUAUCCUACGCUAACGCUGGCCAAAUCAUGCAAGCUCGUGCCCGUGCUCGUCAUGAACGUGGUGUUGUACAGACGCAACUUUGCAGCGUACAAGUACGCCGUGGUCGGGUUGGUCACACUCGGCAUCUGGCUGUUCAUGGCAUUCGCGCCCGCCAAACCAGGCAAGAAGGCGAAAGGACCCGAAAGUAGCAGCGUCAUCGGCCUUCUCCUCUGUUUGCUCAACUUGGUUCUUGAUGGAGCUACCAACAGUACCCAGGACCAAGUCUUCUCCAAGUUCGGCCGCAAGACCGUCUCAGCAGGACAGAUGAUGCUCGUCAUGAACGCCAUCUCGGCACUCCUCAUGGCGCUCGCCCUGUCUCUCCCCCUGCCCUUGCUUUCGACACCAGGACAGCCUACACAGCUCUCAACCGCACUGGCGUUCACGCAGAAGCACCCGCAAGUGUGGAGAGACAUCAUCGCCUACGCACUGGCAGGAGCCGUGGGGCAGGUGUCGAUCUUUGAAACCUUGGAAAGGUUUGGCAGUCUGACGUUGGUGUCGAUUACGGUGACGAGGAAGCUGUUCACGAUGCUGCUCUCUGUAGUGGUGUACAAGCACGAGCUGAGCAGGCUGCAGUGGGUCGGUGUCGCUGUGGUGUUCGCGGGCAUUGGGAUCGAGGCGAGGGAGAAGAGACGCGAAGGAUUGGCGAAAAAGGUGAUCAAUGACGAAAAGAGGGCGCUUGCCAAGGAUGCUUGA